GAGGAGGGGGGAUCUUGUUUUGCUCUGUCCUAGUUAUGGGAAGUACAGUAUGAACUAAGCUGAAGACACUGAGCUGAGCUACACAAGCCAGCGGCAAGUGAACCAGUCUACAAGCCAUAGAGAGCCAAGCUGGGGUGCAUAGAGACUGCGGCAGAACAGGUGACCACGGUUGAAGAGCGAACCACUCAACAGAGGUGGACUACCUGGGAUCCACCACUUACGGCAACUCCCUAGAGAUGUCUCAUGAUAUAGGCUGUGAGGACCCCACAGUGCACAGCCCAUCACAACAUACGGUCUAUGUCCUGGUGGGCUCCAAUGCAGACAGCAUCCAGCUGCUGAGCCUGAGUCCAAUUCUUCCGGAAUCUGGCAUUGUCGCCGAUAUUGACAUCGAGGAGGCCCUGGAGUCCAGCACAGAGCAGUUCUACGAGUUAAAGAGCCAGCCCAUCCCUGCCAGUCAGACGCCAGUGCCCUCCCCUCAGAUCCCACUACAGACUUCCAGUGUCAUGUCUUCGCGGGUUCUCCUCCGGCAGCAGCUGAUGCGUGCACAGGCCCAGGAGCAGGAACGGAGGGAACUGGAACAGAAAGCCACACAGCUCUUAACGGAGCGCGGCAAUGUCCCACCAGCUACACCAGCCAUCAGUGUGACUCAGCCAGCCCGUCCGACUCCAGCACAGGUGCCGCUGGAGGUGCUAAAGGUGCAGACCCACUUGGAGAACCCAACAAAGUACCAUAUCCAGGAGUCACAGAGGCAGCAGGUUAAGCAGUACCUCUCCACCACCCUCGGAGCUAAAAUGCCCAUCCAUGCUUCUGCUCCAAGCACCACCAAUUCGGCCCCCCCUGUGUCUGGAGCCUCCCCUCAGACAGAACACGCGCACCUUCCAUCGGCCAGCAGCGCUCCCAACAGCCCCCUGGCUCAGCUAAAAAUCGGCUCCAACUCAGAGAAGGAGAUUAGUGAUGUCAUCGAUGAGAUCAUAAGUUUGGAAUCCAGCUACAAUGAUGAAAUGAUGGGAUUUGUGGACAGAGCAAACCUACCUAGCACACUUCCAGGAUCAGGAAACCUCCUUGAUAUGUUCUGUGCUCAAGGAAUGUCUGCUCCCAGCAUCACUGUCAGCAACUCCUGUCCAGCUGACCUAACAAACAUUAAGAAUGAAUAUUCAGAACAUGAAGUAAAAACACUGAUAAAAGAGCGCCAGAAGAAGGACAAUCAUAACUUAAUUGAGCGCCGGCGAAGAUUUAAUAUCAACGACAGGAUCAAAGAGCUCGGGGGCCUCAUCCCAAAAUCCAGCGACCCGGAACUGCGCUGGAAUAAGGGUACCAUCCUAAAGGCGUCUGUUGAGUACAUCAGGAAGCUGCAGAAAGAACAGCAGCGAGUGCGGGAACUGGAAGGACGACAGCGCAAACUAGAGCAUGUGAACCAGAGCUUGCUCCUGCGAGUACAGGAGUUGGAGAUGCAGGCUCAGCUACACGGAUUUACAGGCAAUCAACAAGCCGUGAUUCCCACGGAUGUUCUCAAGACGGAACACCUCUCUGGAAUCAUUUCCACCUUCGGGUCUCUGGCCACCCAACAGCAACCUCUGGACCCCUCCACUCUAGAUCUUGGAACACUGCACUUCUCGGAGCAUCUGACUGACUUUGUCGAUCACAGCCUGGGUUUUGAUUUGAGUUUGACUGGAGAUUCUGCCAUUGCAGAUAUACUUAUGGAUGACGCUCUGUCGCCACUGGGAGGAGCUGACCCCCUCCUUUCUUCCGUCUCACCCGGAGCCUCCAAAACCAGCAGCCGCCACAGUAGCUUUAGUAUGGAAGACGAUUGCUGAUUAGGCAAAGUGUGACCC